UGCUCUUGGCUAUUUUCUCCUCGUCUUCCUCGCCCCCGGCCGCCCGGCGACUCCGUCAUCUGAAGGCUAUUUUAUCCUCAUCUGCGUUCACUAUCGCUUCCAACCUUCACAAUUGAGAGAGAAACUUGAAGCAGCAGUAGAAAAAGAUGGGAGAAAGAAAAGUCUUGAAUAAGUAUUACCCUCCAGAUUUUGACCCCUCAAAGCUUCCUAGGGUUCGAAGACCCAAAAAUCAACAGAUCAAGGUUCGCAUGAUGCUUCCUAUGAGCAUCAGAUGCAAUACUUGUGGGAAUUAUAUCUAUAAGGGCACCAAGUUCAACUCACGAAAGGAGGAUGUUAUCGGCGAGACGUAUCUGGGAAUUCAAAUAUUCAGGUUUUACUUUAAAUGCACUAAGUGCUCAGCUGAGCUGACGAUUAAGACCGAUCCGCAAAAUUCUGAUUAUGUUGUGGAAUCCGGGGCAACGAGGAAUUUUGAACCCUGGCGUGCAGAGGAUGAGGAUGAAGAAAAAUUGAAACAGAAGAGGGAAGCUGAAGAGAUGGGAGAUGCUAUGAAAUCCCUAGAAAACAGAACUUUGGACUCCAAGAGGGAGAUGGACAUUCUAGCAGCUCUUGAUGAGAUGAAGUCUAUGAAGUCGAGGCAUGCUACUGUCUCUGUUGACUCAAUGCUGGAGGCCUUGCAACGCACAGCUGCUGACAAGGAGAAACUGCUGGAAGAAGAGGACGAAGCACUGAUAAAAUCAGUUUUCUCAAGUAAAUCAAAAGAACUUGUCAAAAGAAUUCGGGAUGAAGAUUUAGAAACUGAUGAUUUUAUUAUUAAGCCUUCAAAUGAGAAUGGUGAAGCAUCUGACGAUCAUGUGAAGAGAAGUAGAAUGGCUGAAGAGCUUCCAAGCAAAGCAACUGAUGCUCUGACAAAAGCUAGUUUGGAUAAUUCUGACAACCCAGAAAAUUCGCGGGGUUCGGGGGCUUCUGGGGGAGCAAAACCUCUUCCUUGGGUGAAGAUCAACGUCAUCAGGAGAGCCAUCCCUAAUCAAAAGAAAAUAGAGGAAGACGGCACCACUGGGCUUCAAUCCCUCUGUCAAAAUUAUGACAGUGAUGACGAUUAGUAACAAUUUGUGAAUAUGAAAGUUUGUCUUGUACAUGUACAAUAACAAAGCCUUAUCCCACUAUGUGGAGUUGACUACAUAGAUCACAUGAUGCUACUGAGUUCUAUUUAAAGCCAAAUGUUUAGAUAUAUUGUUAAUUGAAAAAUCUCUCUUAAUAACUUUAUUAUGUUUUC